GGAAGAGCAAGAGCCGCCGAUUUUAAAAGAGACCGUAUUUCACCCAGAGCUCCUCGAAGUUGAAGCUGUGCAGUGUCGCCGUGGUCUCUUUACCUUUAUUCAUACGUGUACCUUGACGGAUUGCGAGAAUUGAAACUCAAUUGACUCUCUCGGGCCCAAAAUCACAUCAUUCCUCAAAACCUUUGCAAAACAACCCCCAAAUCAAAACACAAUGGCCGGAGAAAAGCUCAACGUUGCCGUCGCCGGACUCGGCCGCAUGGGCCUGCGACACGCCAGACACUUUGCGACCCUGACACCAAAGGCUGACCUCAUCGCCGUCAGCUCACCGGUCCAGGCCGAGCUCGAUGCCGCCGUCGCAGAGUUUGGUCCUCUGCGGACAUACCUCGACUAUGACGAGAUGUUGCGCAAGGAGUCGACGCUGCAGGCCGUGAUUGUCGCCAGCGCCACCACAGUACACGCCGAGCAAGCCAUCAAGGCUAUCGAGAAGGGCCUCCACGUCCUAUGCGAGAAGCCUCUUAGCACAAGCGUCGAUAUCUCACAAUCCGUCGUCACGGCCUAUGACAAGUCCCUCAUCAAGAACCCCAGCCAAAAGGUCAUUUGCGGUUUCUCACGCCGGUUCGACACAUCCUACCGAGACGCCUUCACACGAGUGGCUCGCGGCGACAUCGGUGCGGCCUCCGUCUUCCGAUCGCAGACCUGCGAUAAGCUCGACCCCUCCGGUUUCUUCGUCGACUACGCCGAGUUCAGCGGUGGCAUCUUUGUUGACUGCUCUAUCCACGACAUUGACCUGGCGCUUUGGUUCUUUGGCGAAGACAGCAUUGUGAAGAGUGUGUCUGCCAUCGGUAUCACAGCUGUGCAGGAGGGUUUGAGGAAGCACAACGAUAGAGACAACGCUGUCGCUGUUGUCGAGUUCUACGGUGGAAAGAUUGCACAGCUCUUCUGCUCACGCAUGAUGGCCGCCGGCCAAGAAGACACGACCGAAAUCUUUGGCACAAGCGGCAAGGUCGCCGUCAACACGCAGCCGCAGCUGAACCUCGUCAACCUCUACGAGCCCACGGGUAUUCGUCGUGAGAUCCCUCCCGACUACUACGGCCGCUUCCGCGAGGCCUUCAUCACCGAGGCCAACGAGUUCACCGCGUGCUGUUUGAACAACACCGAGCCGCCCAUGAAGCUGGUCGGCGCCGUCAAUGCAGUCAAGAUCGGUUGCGCGCUGCAAGAGAGUUUGAUCACGGGCAAGAAGAUUGAUUUUGACGAGUCUGGCAAGCGCAUUGAGAAUGCUAGGCUGUAGAGACCGAUGGAGAGAAAAAACAGCAUAUACAUGCGCGUCUUUUGUAGUUGUUGGUUCCACGGGGUCGUAUACGACAAAUAGUGGUAGCAAUUAUCACUCGUC